CAAGAAGGAGGUGUAUUUACGCUACGAUAAAAACGAGCUGGACAAGAAUAUCUAUCCUAAUGGUGAGGAAGGAGGACCAACGGUUGCUGAAGAUUAUGAUUAUUCUGAAGAAAUUAGACAGAGCAAAAGCACCGAUCCUACAGAGUUCGAUUAUCUGUCAGCUUUGCAAAAUGACAUCAAUAAGACUACUGGACGUCUCGCAAGCAGCACAUACAAAAAUGACAAGGAAACUGAUGGAGAAAUUGACUUGAAACAUCGUUUGCAUUUCGUGAAGUAUGUUAAACGCAAUGACAGAACAAUCAAACUUUGGGAAUGUGGUGUAUGUUCUCGUGAAUUCCAACACCAGUACACCCUGAUGCGUCACCUGCCAACGCAUACUGAUGUCAGAAACUACCAGUGCACCCAAUGCAAUAAGGCUUUCCGUCAGUUGUCAACUUUGAGCCAACACAAGGCCAUACAUAGCAUGGAAAGGCCUUAUGAAUGCGAGGUGCAUACUGAUGCAGCUACAAAAAUGAAAUUCCGUUGUAACUAUUGUGAACGUGAAUUUUCAAAACAAGGACAACUACAAUCGCAUGAGAUGAAGAAGCAUGGAGUCACCAUUGCAAAACCAAGUAAUCAAACGAGUCAAACAAAACACAGGAGGAACAAUAAUUCUUCGGAAAAAACGGCAACCGUGACAAGCCAAGAUUGUAGCAAGGAAAUUCAACAUGA